CCAGGUCAAGAAUUAACGUCCAUGCUCAAAAUUAUUUUGAAUUAUUGUAUAUCUUUUGACUUUGAUAGCCAACUUAACUACCUUUUAAUAUCUCUUAAUAUCCUUGCCUAUUUUACACAUUCAUUGUUUUUUUUAUAAUUACCUUGCUUCAUCAUCUGCUAUGAACCCACAGUACAAGUGUAAAAAUAUCGACCUGGGUAUAUUCCUUCUUUCAACAUUUAAUGAGAGCACGGUAGCUUCAAAUAAAAAACAACUUUAAGUAAAAUGUUGGGCCAUAAGGCAGAACAUGUUUACCUACCAGUGAAAAAGAUGAUCCCUCUCCAUGCUGAGGAUUAUGUUUUCAUCUGGGAUUACACAUGGUAAUAUUAACAGCCGGGCACUGGAUGGGGUCUUAAUGGCAAUGGGUUAAUACUCAGCACUUAGCUCUAUUUAAAAGCCUCUCACCAAGCCAUGUCCAGUCCACAUUCGGACUAGCAUCGAUUGGGAUCAUCAUUUCCAGUGUACAAACAGUAGUUCCUUUUCAAGACAUAUUGAAUGGAUUUUCCACUGAUUACAGGAAGUACUUGUGUGUAACUUUCUGUACUGUUUUUCAGUUUAUGUAGUUUUCAGUUUGGGACCUUCUCCCUUUUUUAGGGCCCGAACCAGCACUGCUGGUUUUUCAUAAUAGCAGCUGCUGAAAUGGACUCAAAAUCAGGAGCUACCGACUCUGUGCUGGAUUCUCCUGAACAGCAGCAGAUCUUCAACAUGAUGAGUUUAUCUCAGCGUGGACGAAUGGAUGAACAGCGUUGCACCUUGAGUCCUGCCAGAACUGCAAAAAUCAAAGCUACACCUACUGGUUCAAACUGUGAGGAGUUCUCUCAUACCCAGGACAGCAAGCAGGGACAAAGCCUUAAUGACUUGAAGGUGUCAUUGCCAGGAUUGAACUACCAGAAACCUAUAAGUGAUAACCAUCACGGCUCUGCCCCUCACAUCUCCGUGACGGAAAGCACUCCAGAUCUAAACAGGAAACUCGUGUCACCAGCCAACCAAUUACAGUCAGAAUCACCUGAUGAACAACUUAACUUCAUGAAUAUGAUCAGCAAUGGACAGCGUGGGCGCAUGGAUGACCAGUCCUGUUCCUUGGAUCCUAGCAAGAGUGCUCCCUGCACACCCAAACCCACAGACAGAAAGCUUGCUGCAGAUCCUGAAAUGUUCUUCAAACUCUUGUCCAACACCCAGAGCAAACGGCUUGAUGACCAGCGAGCGACUCUUCCAUCAUUACCAGGGCCACAGAAAGAAAAUGCCACAUCGACUGCUGGAGGAGAUUCAAGCUACUUGUGUUACAUGGUUUCUAAAGUCCAGGGCUCCAGAAUGGAGGACCAAAGGUGCUCACUACCUCAAAUCAAGGAUAAGUCUGUGUCUGGUUCAGGCCCCCCACGCUCAGCCUCUUUCAGCCCCGGCUCAGACAUAGGUCGAUCCAAGAGUAACGAUAAAGAAUCUCAAAAACAGGUCUUGAGUGCAGCUGAACAGGAAGAUUUUUUUUCCUUAAUGAGUAAUUCCCGGCGUGGUCGAAUGGAUGAGCAGCGAUGUGUCUUAGGUGUUAGUCCACAGUCCACACCCAAACACAAGCCCAGUCAGAGCACCUUGCCCAAAGAUCCAGAUUCUGAAAAGUUUUUCACCCUGCUGUCCAACACUCAAGACCGACGGCUUGAUGAUCAGCGAGCAUCUCUUCUUCCAUUGCCAGGGAUACAAAAUGGCGGUGGCACAUCAGCAUCAGGUGCUGCAGGGAUGGAUACAAACCACUUGUGUUACAUGGUCUCCAAAGUCCAGGGAUCAAGGAUGGAUGAACAGAGAUGCUCUGCACCCCAAAUCUUACAGAAUCUCGGUUCCCCAUCUGCUCAGCACAAAGAACAUCCCAAUUCAGACAACCGUGCCAAAACUGACCAACAUCAGCAGGAGGCAUCUCCAGCUGAGCAGGAUAAGUUUCUCAAAAUGAUGAGUCAUGCACAACGUGGACGUAUGGACGAGCAACGUUGCUCUUUACAGCCGAGCAGAAGUACACCUGCCACACCCACACACAAUGGAAGUGCUUUAAAAAAUGUACCAACAGGUGCAGAUGCGGAUGCAUUCUUCAAAAUCAUUUCCUCCAGUCAGGGACGACGGCUAGAUAAUCAGCGUGUUUCACUUCCCACUCUGCCAGGGAUAAGUGGGAAGUCUGAACGAAAAGAAAAUACAAAGGCUCGACCCCCAGCUUGUCCCCCACUUAUCAUUGUGGCUGAAAGUACACCAACAACACCCAGGAAGGACCAUUCCAGACGUACCUCUCAACCCCAAAUGGCCAAUGCAGCAUAUGGCUCCCCCAGAGCCUUUCCCAAAUCUGCUUCAUUUACCCCUGAGACUGAAUAUCUGAAGAAUCUGAAUUCCCCAGGACAGGUAACAGUGAGGGUGUCUAUGAAUUUCACACCACAGCAGGGACAGGAGAAUGCUGAACCACUUACAUUCCCAGAGGUCUUCCUCACUCUAGGAGCCCCCGGAGAUAACUUUGUGAUUCCUCUGAGCCCAGGACCUGGCAGACCCCUGUCUUUAAACUUAAACCUUGUCCCAAAAGAUUAUGUGAAGUCCGGGCACCGCUCUCCAAGUCGUGCAAGUCCCAGGAAAGCCCGCUCAAGACCGUCAUCUCCUAACCCAGGUGCAACCAGCAAAGCUCAUCCUGUGUGGCAAUGUGAACGGGGGGAGCUUGUGACCUUCCCCAUCAGCCCAGAUGAAGACUGCUUCUCUCUGAUUGAGAAGAUUCACACGGCCCACCUGCAGAAGGGGAUGGCUCAAGGAGGACAAAAAUGUAAAGGAGAUCCUGGAAAGGGACAGGGGGUUGGAAAGAGAGAUAGAAAGGAUGGCGGCAAUAAACAAUAAUCGAAAGAAGAUUCUUCUGCUUUAUUUAGUUAAGUUAUUUAUUUGAGGCGUUUUUUCUCUGCCAUUUGAAAGUUAUUUGUGUAUGUGUUUGUGUGUUUGUGUAUGUAUAUGUACAAACUUUGUGUAGGUGAGAACUUGAUGCUUUGCUUUUUUCAAAUGUAAAAGCAAUAUAUGCGGUUAAAGAUUAUUUUGCUUUGGCUGCUCAUCCAAAGAGAGAAAGUGUAGAAAUUUAACCAACAACCAUAAUUUGUGAAACUGAAUGGGGGGAAAACUGAGUAACAGAUACAGAAAAACCUUAAUUAAACGUGAUUACCUUUGAAAAGAAAACAGAACACUUGAAAAGUUAUUAACACAUAUUGUAGAUUUACAGAAGGAAAUUCUUAAGUGCUCAUAUUGUUUGAACUUUGUUGAAAGGCCUCAGCUUAACCUUGCAUCUUUUAUUCGGCAGAAUCACUUCCCUGAAAGUAAGAGAGAGACAAUAAGUAUUUGGAGGCAAUGUUUGCAAGGAUAUUUUGUAGCAGGAAUACAGUAACCUGCAUUUUGUACUGGUGGAAAAUGCAUUUUAUGGAAUGACAAAAUUAGAGGUAAAGCUAUUUUCUGCAAUGUGGCUUAUGGAAUAGCACAAUGCACAUGAUUCACAUUCGAGUCAUUCGUUGCAAUGUAAAAAUGAUGAUUAUAUACUGUAGGUGAUGUAAAUCUGGUCAGUACAUGAUGCUGUCAACAAGAAAGAAAAAGUUACCUUUCCAACAUCACGACUCUUGGCUCUCAGGUUGUUGACCUGGGUCUCAGAAAUGUCAGCGCGCUCCUGAGCUUCUUCCAGUUCAUGCUGAACCUUCCUGAGCCUGGACAUGUGAGUGUUGGCCUGCUCCUCCUGUGAAGGAUUUAGUUUUAUUAAUUUAUUAUUAUUAUUAUCAUUAUUUAUUAAUGGUGGUAUGAUUAUUAAUUCAACUGAUGUGAAUGUUUGGUCAUAUAAAUAAAGUUAACUUACAGCCUCCUCA